GACGCGGCCGGGAGGGGAGGGGCCGGGCGGGAGGAGCAGCUCGCCGCUUUUGCCGCCUCCGCCUUUGCCUUCGCCUUCGCCGCCGCCUCCAGUGUUGUACAUUAUAAACCGGGGCUGCUGAUGAGGAGUGGGGAACUGGCUCUCUGGAACGUGUGACAGCAGGCGGAAAGGCCCUACCCAGACUUGUACUCCAAUUGCCUCAGGCCGCAAGACUUCUCCUGGGCAAUUUGCAUAUUUCUCCGAAGAACCAUCCAGAACCUGAGCAGCCUGUCUUCAAACAGAAAGAGGCCCACGGCUGUUUCUUGAAAUCUGGCAGGGCUGGGAAUGGCCACGUGGAACAGGCCAUGCCAGAAGCUGCCUCAGCGGCCUCUGGUAGCUGAACCCACUGCAGAGGGGGAGCCACACCUGCCCAUGGGCCGGGAGCUGACUGAGGCCAACCGCUUCGCCUAUGCUGCCCUCUGUGGCAUCUCCCUGUCCCAGCUAUUUCCUGAACCCGAACACAGCUCCUUCUGCACAGAGUUCAUGGUAGGCCUGGUGAAGUGGCUGGAGUUGUCCGAAGCUGUCUUGCCAACCAUGACUGCUUUUGCGAGCGGCCUGGGAGGUGAAGGAGCGGAUGUGUUUGUUCAGAUUUUACUGAAGGACCCCAUCUUGAAGGACGACCCGACGGUGAUCAUUCAGGACCUUCUGAGCAUCUCACUCAAGGAUGGGCACUAUGAUGCCCGGGCCAGAGUCCUCGUGUGCCACAUGACCUCCCUGCUCCAGGUGCCCUUGGAGGAGCUGGAUGUCCUUGAAGAGACGUUCCUGGAGAGCCUGAAGGAAAUCAAAGAGGAGGAAUCUGAAAUGGCCGAGGCAUCCCGGAAGAAGAAAGAAAACCGGAGGAAAUGGAAGCGUUAUCUCCUGAUAGGCCUGGCGACUGUCGGAGGCGGAACAGUGAUCGGUGUGACCGGAGGUCUCGCUGCACCCCUUGUUGCCGCUGGAGCAGCGACGAUUAUUGGCAGCGCGGGGGCGGCGGCUCUGGGCUCAGCAGCCGGCAUAGCCAUCAUGACCUCGCUGUUUGGUGCAGCUGGAGCUGGCCUGACAGGAUACAAGAUGAAGAAGCGAGUGGGAGCCAUUGAAGAGUUCACAUUUCUGCCUCUGACGGAGGGCAGGCAGCUGCACAUCACCAUCGCCAUCACUGGGUGGCUCGCGUCCGGCAAAUACCGCACCUUCAGUGCCCCAUGGGCCGCCCUGGCUCACAGCCGUGAGCAGUACUGCCUGGCCUGGGAAGCCAAGUACCUGAUGGAGCUCGGCAACGCCCUGGAGACCAUCCUCAGUGGUCUCGCCAACAUGGUGGCCCAGGAGGCUCUAAAGUACACAGUAUUGUCUGGCAUUGUGGCUGCCCUGACCUGGCCAGCCUCACUCCUCAGUGUCGCCAAUGUCAUCGACAACCCCUGGGGGGUGUGUCUCCAUCGAUCAGCAGAGGUUGGCAAGCACCUGGCGCACAUCCUGCUUUCCCGGCAGCAGGGCCGGCGACCUGUCACCUUGAUUGGCUUCAGCCUGGGAGCCAGAGUCAUCUACUUCUGUCUGCAGGAGAUGGCUCAGGAGAAAGAUUGCCAAGGGAUCAUCGAGGAUGUAGUCCUGCUAGGUGCACCUGUGGAGGGAGAAGCGAAGCACUGGGAGCCUUUCCGGAAGGUGGUGUCCGGGAGGAUCAUCAACGGCUACUGCAGAGGAGACUGGCUGCUGAGUUUCGUGUACCGCACGUCCUCGGUGCAGCUCCGUGUCGCCGGCCUACAGCCCGUGCUGCUGAAGGACAGGAGGGUGGAGAAUGUGGACUUGACCUCUGUGGUCAGCGGCCACCUGGACUACGCCAAGCAGAUGGACACCAUCCUGAAGGCUGUGGGCAUCCGCACCAAGCCAGGCUGGGACGAGAAGGGGCUCUUGCUGGCCCCAGGCUGCCUGCCCCCCGAGGAGCCUCGCCAGGCAGCAGCUGCCACCUCAUCAGGAGAUAUUCCCCACCACGUUGGGCAAACCCAGGGUCCCACAUCCGGAGACACCUCCAAAUUGGCCAUGUCCACAGACCCCAGCCAAGCCCAGGUGCAGGCAGGGCUGGACCAGUCUGAAGGGGCCUCCCUUCCUGCUGCUGCCAGCCCUGAAAGCACCCCCAUCUGCAGCCAUGGCAUGGACCCCAACCCACUGGGCUGCCCCGAUUGUGCCUGCAAGACCCAGGGCCCCAGCCCGGGGCUGGAGUGACCACAGCAAGGGACCUGAGCUGUCUUUCCCAAUCUCUGUAUGCAGCUCUCUCUUAUACCCUCGGGUUCCUCCCAGGAGCUCUGGAGGUGCAGGAUUUCCACCGGUCUCUUUCCUAAACUGAAGGAAUUGGGACUGAAAGGGAAAGGAAAUGGAAGGAAGGAGAAUUUGGAGGAGAGAACACGCCCACCCUGGGGAAGCUGCCUAUCCCCAGGGAAACCCUACCAGGGAGCAGCCGCCCCCUCAUCAGAGACCUGCAGAGUCAACCAAGCACGAGUUAGAGCCCCAGAACUGGAAGCCAGCUGUGGGCUUUCUGUGCUUCCUCUCAUAGCUUUGGAGUCUGGCUGCCCAUCAGGAGGUCCCGGGGGCUCUCUGGGACCUGAGGCUCCCAUACCACCUGGCCUCAGUAAAACCAGGUGUAUGCCUGCUCUUCCAUCCACACUCCAGGGCUGCCCACCAGCUGACAGCCACCAUCAACUGACAGUAACAGAGCAGGCGCAGGUACAAAGAGGGCGGCUCACUCCUGCUCUUAGGAGUUCCAAUCAGAUCUGCCCUGUACAGCCACGCAGGCUGUGCACUGCACAACUCCAGGGACAUGAGUCACACAGAUACAAUGUGAGUGUGCUCCCCCAUCAUGCAACAUCUGGACAUAACUAACAGAGCGUGGUGAAUACGUGCUGAAUUGCUUUCAGUAAGGCUGUGAACUAGGCCUGGGGACAAGAAUGAAUUUUACAUGGAAAGAAUUUCCUGUAGCAGGAACAGAGGGGAUAACAACAGCAAUAAAUAACAAUAAGAAGCUACCACUUCUUGAGCAUGUACCACAUA